AUGCCCGAGCUCGGCGACACCGCCGAGCCCGGCGAGGCGCCGGAGCGCGCGCCGCGCGCCGACGCGCGGCGCCUGACGACGCGGCUGCGGCCGCUCGAGGACCGGGAGAUCGACCGGGACCCGCUGGCGCGCUUCACGCACGCGACGCCCGUCCCGAAGCUCGGCGCGCUGCGGCUGCCCGAGCGCACGUCGAACAAACUCCUCACGGACUCGUUCCCCGCCGGUUUCCUCGCGCGCGCCAAAGCGGCGCGCGUCCUCGAGGUCAGCGGCGACUACGACGCGGCGACGAACCCCUACGGGAGCCGCGUCCUCAAGCCGGGCUUCAGGUUCGCCGACGCGCUCGUCGGGACCGCGCGCGGCCGCCACGCGGCGCUCGACGAGCUGCCAGGCGCGCCGUCGUUCGGCGCCGUCGAGUACUACUCGCUUCCGUCGCCCGGAGGCGCCUUCCGGCGCGCGCCGGUGUCCCAGCUCCCCCUCGCCCAGCGCGUCUUCGACGUGCCGGACCUCCCGAAGCGGUCGCCGCGGCUCCUCGUCGACGACCGGAGCCUCGUCGUCGAGGACGAGCUGGACCGGCGGCGCGCUGUGCGGCGCGGCGACGACGACGAUUUAGGGUCCGCGCGGUCCCAGCGGUCCUACGCGGAGCUCUCCAGGGGCGCCCCCGGCGACGCCGACCGCCCGGCGUCGCGGGCGCUCACGGUGCACCUCUACAGCCCGACGCCGACGCCCGGCGUCUCGAGCCCGCGGUCCGAGAGGACGGCGCCGUCCGCGCUGUCGCCCGCGUCGACGACGACGCCGGGCGCGCCCCACGCGCUCGCGCCGGCGCCGGCGCCGGGCGCGCUCGCGCUCGACGACGCACCGGCCGCGGCGGACCCGCUCGGGUCGCCCGGGUCCGCGCUGUCGCCCGCGCUGACGUCGACGUCGCCGUUCUUCGUCAACGGCACCUUCGACGCGGACGGCCGCCUCAACGUGAGCCUCUACGAGGACGCGGAGAACGUCUCCGCGAAGUUCUCGCGCAACGGCGACUCGUCGGGCCCCGGAUCCAUCCCCAGGGAGCAGGAGCGCAUCAUGGCCACGAAGUACGACGACGGCGAGUCCAUCUCCGUCGCGUCGUACGCGCACUCGUCGCGCGCGUCCUCCGUGGCGCCGGGCACGCCCUUCACCAUCGGCUCGGCGCUGGGGCUCGUGCGCACGGAGCUGCGGGAGGUGCUGAGCCGCGAGAAGGACGAGGGCGUGCCGCAGCCGCGGUCCGCGCCCGUCGUCAAGGUCACGAAGAAGGAGUCCAAGGACUCGCUCGGCGCGCCGUCCCUGCGGAGCCAGAAGACGGCGCCGUCCCAGGUCCCCCGCGUCGCCGAGCGGAGCUCCGACGCGGACGCGAAGCAGCCGAGCCUCGCGGAGGCGACCGCGCCCGCGGCCGCGGCGCCGAAGACCUCCAAAAAGUCGCCGCGGAAGGCGCCAUGCGGUCCGAGCCUCGCGCUCUACGUCAAGGCGUCGCGGAAGCACGAGGAGGACUCGCAGACGUCCGCCGUGCCCGUGACCGUGUUCCUCGAGGAGGCGGCGACGCUGCGCGCGCUCGGGCGCGCCGCGUGCGGCGCGCUGGGGGUCGCGCCGUCGGACCGCGUGCUCGACGCGCCGGACUUCUCCAUCUGCUACCGCCACCCCGUGAACCGGCGCACGAUCAUCCUGCUGAGCGACGGCGACUGGCGCGACGCCUUCCGCCUGGCGAACGCCCAGGGCGGCGGCGAGCUCCGCGUCAUCGUCGACCUGCCCGCGGGCCUGCUGCGGCCGCCGAGCGGCGGCGGCGCCGCGGACGUCGCGGGGAAGCGGUCCAUCCGCUCCUUCGUCGAGCCGCCGCGGAAGAUCGACUGGCGCGCGAAGAGCGUCUCCUACACGCUCGACAGCCACCUGAGCCGCCUCGACCCGACGCGCGAGCGGCCCGCGCCCAAGCCCGCGCCCAAGCCCGUCUCCGCCAAGGAGCGGCGGCGGCGCAUCGCCGAGGAGCUCGCGAGCCGCCUCACGCGCGGGCCGCCGGCCUAA